AUGGCUCAUCCGAGAAAUUCUUCUGGUGAUGGAAAACAAGUGUUGAACUUACCCUUUGGAUAUAGAUUUUACCCUACCAAUGAUCAAGUCAUACAUUAUUUGAAGCAGAAGAUUCUUGGAGGAGAACUUCCUGCAGAUAUUAUUCCAACAAUUGAUGUAUAUUCACACAACCCUGAUCAACUUCCCUUAGAUAAAUUCAAAUAUGGAGUGGCCGGUGAAUGGUUUUUCUUCACCCAUCGUUUAGCCGGUGACCUUCCCACCACAGAUGGUUAUUGGAGUCCCGCAGGCUUGCCGGCUGAAAUUGGUCUUGAUAAUAGAAUUAUUGGCUUCAAACAGGUCGUGGAUUUUUAUUGGGGACACUCGCCCAAUGGAACCAAAAGUAAUUGGACCAUGUACGAAUAUCGAUUGAAUCCUGACCAAUUAGAUGGAAAAGUUGAUGAGACUACCCAAGCCAAGGUACAAAAUUUUGUGGCAUGCCGGGCCCGCAAUAAGGACAAGUUCCAACCAACAGCAACGGGUGGAGCAAUUCAAGAAAGAAUUGGCAGCUUGCCAACUAACGAACUCGAAUUUUUAUCAUCUGCGGUGAUGGAUGGCGGUGCCAAUGAGUUGGCAAUCAUGCCAGACGGAAAAGAAACAGCACCUUUAAUUUCUGCACAUAGGAUAUUAUAG